UUUGUUAAUAAACGAACAAAAAUCAUUUCUGCAAUAACAAAGGUCAAGGCCGCCUAGUUAUUACAUAAGCUGUACGUUAUUCAAAUUGAUGAAUUUAAAUGUGAGAGGCCUACUUAGGUGAGAGCAGGAUGACUUGAAAAUUCAUGCUUGUUGACUGGGCACAUAUAAAGAGAGUGAAAUAUCAUUAUCUGUCUGGACAUUAGGCUUCUGUUACAUACCAUAAUUUAAGGCGUUCAAUUUUCAUUAUGAAUCAGGUGCCAAGGCUAAAUUUGUGUGGCUGCCAGUGUUGUCCAGCUGUCUUGAUGAGUCCUCACAACUGUAAGGAUUGCCUUCGAGGUCGCAUGAUGGCAGGCUCCAGCAAGGAUGUCUUGAUGUCUACUGCCAGUUGUGAGGAGAAUGGCUUUGGAGAUGGAGGCAGCAUGCCAUCGAUGCCCUGGUUUGGGAUGGACAUUGGAGGCACACUGACAAAGCUUGUUUACUUUGAACCGAAGGACAUCACCCCAGAUGAGGCAGAUGCUGAAGUGGAGACUCUGAAGAACAUCCGUCGCUAUCUCACCAGGAACUCUGCUUAUGGCAAGACAGGCCACAGGGAUACACACCUACAGAUGGACAACAUUGUGAUCCGACAUCGAAAAGGAACUCUGCAUUUCAUCCGCUUUCCAACCAGUGAGAUGGGGAACUUCCUAGCACUGGCCAAGUCUAAAGGCAUGGCAACUCUUGUUACAACUGUUAGUGCCACAGGAGGUGGAGCAUAUAAGUUUGAAGAUAACUUCAGAAGGGAGUUGAACAUGCGUCUUGCCAAGUUUGAUGAGCUGGAUUCACUGAUUCGGGGCAUGCUUUAUGUGGAGACCAACAAUCCCUGUGAGUGCUACUACUGGGUCAACCCUACAGAGGAAGGGCGCUGUGAAAAGAGGUUCUUUGACUUCAGUGAUCCUUAUCCUUUUCUGAUUGUGAACAUUGGGUCAGGUGUGAGUGUGCUUGCAGUUUAUGGACCAAAUAACUACCGGAGGAUAUCAGGCACGAGUUUGGGGGGAGGCACAUUCCUUGGGCUCUGUUGUCUGCUGACAGGGUGUAAUUCUUUUGAGGAGGCAAUUGACUUGGCAACUGGUGGAGACAACACAUGUGUGGACAAGUUGGUCAGAGACAUCUAUGGUGGCGACUAUGAGCGCUUUGGACUGCCAGGCGAUCUGGUGGCUAGCAGUUUUGGGCAAAUGAACUCGAAGGAGAAAAGGGCCACUGUGUCACGGGAGGACCUAGCAAGGGCCACACUGGUUACCAUUACCAACAACAUUGGCUCCAUUGCACGUAUGUGCGCACUUAAUGAGAAGGUAGAACGUGUUGUGUUUGUGGGUAACUUCUUAAGAGUCAACCCUAUAUCCAUGAAGCUACUGGCCCAUGCGAUGGAUUACUGGUCGAAGGGAACAUUGAAGGCUUUGUUUCUGGAACAUGAGGGUUACUUUGGGGCUGUGGGUUGCCUGCUGGAAUUCAACAGUCAUGUCAGCUGAGCCUGAUGCACAAACAUUCCUACAUUGUCACAACAUUCAAGUACUAUAGCGUUAGAGCACAAUAAGUAUGUCCACAUGAACUCCUUAGUACUACACUGCCAUGCAUACUCCAUUUAUACAGCAUAGCAGAAGUGUUCGCCAAAUGUGGCAUUUUUAGUCAAGUUCAUGUGGCCAGCGAUACCUAACAGGGAAUGUGUGUGUAUGUACACACACACACACACAAUAUUUGAUGCUGUAUUAUUUUUUAAUUAUUGUCAAGUUGUUAGGAAUAUUGCUGUGUAUUAUAAUUGUUACACAAAUGUUAAGAAAUGCAAUUUAUAGACAUGUUUUAAUUUAUUGUUAACUGAUUAUGUAUGUAAUGAAGUAUACUAGACUUGAAAUAAAUUAGGUAUUAAUCUAUUUUAA